AUGGAAUCUAAAGAAAGUGAAAAUAAAACAAAAGACGACAAAAAUAAAGCCAAAGUAGACAGGAAAAGAGCCAAGGAAGAGAGAAAUAAAGCAGAAGAUAAAAGUAAAGUUGGAUACAGAAACAAGAAAGCGACCCACGUAAAUGUAAAUGUGAUGAAACAACAUAUUCCUGAAAAUAAUUAUGUGACAAUUCUGUCUCAAAUUAGGAACGCUCCAGAAAACAUUGCUAGUUAUGACUUAGUAGAGAGCAAUAUAUUUGGAAAAAGAGGCACAAUGACUGAAUUAAAAAGUACAUACAGUGUGUAA